GGGGAAAGAGGAGAAUCAUGUUGGGGAUGAUGACGAGAAUGAGGAGGAGCAAGAAGACCACUAUGCUGUUCGCACUAUGUGUGGCCACAUGUUUGGAUCCCAUUGCCUUGGAAGCUGGGUUUCGCGCUUCGCUGUCUAUCAGGCUAAUUGCCCGCAAUGCCGCCGUAUUUUGGUGGCCGUCGAAGUUGACAACGAGGAGGAGGAGCAUAAGGUAGAGGAUGGGGCUAUGCGACACGAAGUGGCUUUAGAUGAUCCAGUCCCUGUGCAUCCAGCUGAGUCGGAUGGUCUUGAGACGCCAGAAGACCCCUCCGAUACCGGAGAUGGCGAGUACAAAAACUCUCUCGACCUUUUGCAUGUCUGCCUAGUUAGCCACGACUAAUCGUAGGUGAAGGGGUGUAGGGGCUGCUCUUGUACCGUCAUCCCCAGAGGAAAAGAUAUUUGUGAAAGAGAUGAUAUUCGCGUGUGGGAGUCACUGAGGAUAGAGUGCAUUAGAUCAAUCAAGUACAAUACCAUAUCUUGCGCUCAAAACGGGUCAUUAUGUGAAACGUGACUGAUGGAA